GUCUCCUCCCAACCACCAUGAUCCUUACUUCUCUCUUUCUUGGGCUCUUGCCCGCCGUCUACGCCGAGGUCCACAAGCUCCAGCUCCAGAAGAUCCCGGCGACGGUCGGCAACCCUGAGCUCGAGAGCCUCCACCUCGCUGAGAAGUAUGGUGUUGUCAACGAGUUCCAGACGCCGUUGAUGGGCGCCGGCGGCGCUGGCCGUCGUCUGAAGAACGAUGCUGGCGAGGACCUCUUCUGGACGCAGGAGCAGGUCAAGGGUGGCCAUGGCGUUCCUUUGACGAACUUCAUGAACGCGCAGUACUUCACGGAGAUCACUUUGGGCACCCCGCCGCAGAACUUCAAGGUCAUCCUUGACACUGGGUCUAGCAACCUCUGGGUCCCCAGUUCCAAGUGCACCUCCAUCGCCUGCUUCCUGCACGCCAAGUACGACUCGAGCGCCUCGUCGACGUACAAGCAGAACGGCACCGAGUUCUCCAUCCAGUACGGCUCCGGUUCCAUGGAGGGCUUCGUCUCCCAGGACGUGCUCACCAUUGGCGACCUCACCAUCCCUGGGCAAGACUUUGCUGAGGCGGUGAAGGAGCCCGGCCUCACCUUCGCGUUCGGCAAGUUUGAUGGUAUCCUUGGCCUUGGCUAUGACACUAUCAGCGUCAACCACAUUGUGCCCCCGCACUACAACAUGAUCAACAAGGGUCUCCUCGAUGAGCCCGUCUUCUCCUUCCGCCUCGGGAAGUCCGAGGAGGACGGUGGCGAGGCCAUCUUCGGUGGUGUUGACAAGAGCGCAUACAAGGGUGACCUCACCUACGUCCCGGUCCGCCGCAAGGCCUACUGGGAAGUUGAGCUUGAGAAGAUCUCCUUUGGCUCCGAGGAGCUUGAGCUUGAGUCCACUGGCGCUGCUAUUGACACGGGCACCUCCCUGAUCGCUCUCCCCACCGACAUGGCCGAGAUGAUCAACGCCGAGAUUGGUGCUAAGAAGUCCUGGAACGGCCAGUACCAGGUCGAGUGUUCGAAGGUCCCCGACCUCCCUGAGCUUUCCCUUUACUUCGGUGGCAAGCCGUACACGCUCAAGGGCACGGACUACAUCCUUGAGGUCCAGGGCACCUGUAUCUCGUCCUUCACUGGCUUGGACAUCAACGUUCCGGGUGGCUCGCUUUGGAUCAUCGGCGAUGUCUUCCUCCGCAAGUACUACACCGUCUACGACCUUGGUCGCGACGCUGUUGGCUUCGCUGAGGCGAAGUAAGCUGGGUUUGCUGCUGUCGGCCUGUACGGGCACUGACUGGAAGGAUGGAUUCGACUGAACGUGUUACCAAUACGCUUUCUCUCUUUUACGACGGCGCUCGCGCGCGUGUGUGUACAAUAUCGUAGGACGCAAUGACCUGUCUAAUCACGCAA